CUCUCUCUCUCCUCGCUCUCUCUGCUGUCUCUUUCUUCCUUUGAAAUCUCUCAGACAGAUUAAACACAAACCGAUCAGCAAGAAGGGGAAAUUUUCCCUGGGGAAAGAAAGGAGAGUGAGAGAGUGUUGUGAUCUCCAUGCGGGGUCGCCGGAGUGACGAGAAUCUCCGGACGCCGGCGGAUUUCCCCGGCUGAGUAUGAAUCUCUUUUUAGGAGGAGCAAUCACAAGAACAGCCUGUGCUUAAACCCUUGUAAAAAGCGCAGAAAAAGUUCGGAUUUUUCUCAUUGCGAGAAGAAAAAGUUUGGAAUUUUGGAUCAUUUGGCUCUCCUGCAAUGGCGAGUACGAACACUGCAGCGGCGACUCCACCGCCGUCGCAGCAGCAGCAACCGGCUCCUCCGGCGGCGUCUGCGGGGUUGUCGGCGGAUGAGUUGACGGCGAAAGCGCUGCAGAAGAGGUACGAAGGUCUGAUGACGGUGAGGACAAAGGCAGUGAAGGGAAAAGGCGCGUGGUAUUGGACGCACCUCGAGCCAAUCCUCGUCCACAACACCGACACCGGACUGCCGAAGGCGGUGAAGCUCCGGUGCUCCUUAUGCGACGCCGUUUUCUCCGCCUCGAAUCCUUCUCGCACCGCCUCCGAGCACCUCAAGCGAGGCACCUGUCCCAACUUCAACAACUCCUUAGUCAAACCCAUCUCCUCCAUCUCCCCUUCUUCCUCCUCAGCCGCCGCUCUCGCUCCUCCGCCGCAUCAUUACCACCACCACCACCACCACGGAGGAGGAGGGCGGAACCGGAAACGCAGCUCCUCAGCCGUCACCACCGCCUUGGCCUCGCCGAUGCCUCCUUCAAGUGGGGGGUCUUACCACGUGACGCCGAUCACCGUCGUCGACCCGUCGCGUUACUGCGGCGGAGAGUUUCAGUACUCGGCGUCUCCGGUGGGUUUGCUGACGCAGCAGCCGCAUUUGAUGCUCUCCGGCGGGAAAGACGAUUUGGGUCCUUUAGCGAUGUUGGAAGACAGCGUGAAGAAGCUCAAGAGUCCUAAGACGUCACACACUCCGUCUCUCAGCAAGUCGCAGAUAGAAUCAGCCUUAGAUUCUUUAGCUGAUUGGGUCUUCGAAUCUUGCAGCUCGGUUUCUCUGUCGGCUCUCGAGCAUCCCAAGUUCAGAUCUUUUCUGACUCAAGUCGGUUUACCAGUCAUCUCCAGGAGAGAUUUCGCCACAAGCAGAUUGGACGUCAAGUACGAGGAAUCUAAGGCUGAAGCAGAAACCAGGAUCCGAGACGCCAUGUUCUUCCAAAUCUCCUCCGGCGGAUGGAAGUUCGUCAACUUCGGCGAGAAUCUGGUGAAUUUGAUCGUGAGUUUGCCCAAUGGGACGAGUUUGUACAGAAGAGCAGUGUUCGUGAAUGGCUCUGUGCCGUCCAACUACGCCGAGGAGCUCUUGUGGGAGACGGUGAAGGGCACUUGUGGAAAUUCACCGCACAGGUGUGUCGGGAUAGUUUCGGACAGGUUUAAGGCUAAAGCACUCAAAAAUCUUGAGAAUCAACAUCAAUGGAUGGUGAAUCUCUCUUGUCAGUUCCAAGGGUUUAACAGUUUGAUCAAAGAUUUCAGCAAGGAGCUUCCUUUGUUCAAAUCGGUCUCACAAAACUGCCUCAGACUCGUCGGCUUCAUCAACAACACGGCUCAAAUCCGAAACACCCUUUGUAAGUAUCAGUUGCAAGAACAUGGUGAAUCUAGAAUGCUUCCGGUCCCUUUGCAUUGUUAUUAUUACGACGAACGGAACAGCUCUAGUUUGGUCGAGCCAUUGCAUAGUCUUCUGGAGGAUGUGUUGAGUUCAGCUAGGGCAAUUCAGUUGGUAAUGCAUGAUGAUACUUGUAAGUUUGUGUCAAUGGAGGAUCCUAUGACUAGGGAGCUCAGGGACAUGGUCGGAGACGUAGGGUUUUGGAAUGAGGUCGAGGCUGUUCACUCGCUUGUGAAACUUGUCAAAGAAAUGGCUCGGAGAAUAGAGGAGGAAAGGCCACUGGUAGGGCAAUGCCUCCCGCUUUGGGAUGAACUAAGAUCAAAGAUAAAGGAUUGGUGUUCAAAGUUCAAUGUAGCAGAAGGGCAUGUCGAGAAACUGGUGGAGAGAAGAUUCAAGAAGAAUUACCACCCGGCUUGGGCUGCGGCAUUCAUACUCGACCCUCUUUACUUGAUAAGGGACAGCAGUGGGAAAUAUCUUCCUCCAUUCAAAUGCUUGACACCCGAACAAGAGAAAGAUGUGGAUAAGUUGAUAACGAGGCUUGUGUCCAGAGAGGAAGCACAUGUAGCUCUAAUGGAAUUAAUGAAAUGGAGAACCGAAGGGCUUGAUCCCGUUUAUGCAAGGGCGGUCCAAAUGAAGGAGCAAGACCCGGUUACAGGAAAGAUGAGAAUAGCAAACCAACAAAGCAGUAGACUUGUAUGGGAAACACAUCUAAGUGAGUUCAGGUCAUUGGGAAAAGUUGCAGUCAGGCUCCUUUUCCUCCAUGCCACUUCCUGUGGGUUCAAAUGUAACUCCUCUCUCCUGAGAUGGGUUAAUUCUCACGGGCGGUCACCGGCAGCCAUUGAUAGAGCUCAAAAGCUGGUUUUUGUAUCAGCAAAUGCGAGAUUCAAGAGGAGGGAUUUCUCAAACGAGGAGGAGAGGGAUGCAGAGCUAUUCGCCAUGGCGAAUGGCGAGGAUGAUGUGCUAAAUGAGGUUCUUGUCGAUACAUCCUCAGUGUGACAUUUUUUGUUUUUUGGAUUAGUUUCUCUCCGGCUUAACCUUAGUGUUUUCACUUAGAACUUGCAUUUUGUAGGAUUGUUUGGAUUCUUUUUCUUUCUUUCUUUCUUUCUUACUACCUAUUAUCAUAUUAUUCAAUUUGUACUUGCCUCCUUUAGGAGGUGAGGAAGCGAGGGCAUAUCUUUCAAUAUGUGAUUGAGUAUUUGUAUUUCUUCGCCAAUAUCGAUCACAGUUUGAGGCGAUUUCGCCUGUCUUUCUCGCCGGUUUGGAUUCGUGGAAAAGAUAGAAGAAAGAUUCAAUCUUUCUUGUUUGUAGAGAGGCUCGGAAUUAUCCCUUGGACUGGCCAUUUGUUACAGAAACUGCAGAGAGAUUGUAAAACUCUUCUUCUCUAUUUUUGCUUGUAUUCAAGAAUCAUUUGUUACAGAAACGGGUUUCUCUCCUGUCUUAAUCUUCGAGCUCCGAUCCGAGCCAGAGUUGGAACCUCCAAUGGCAUCAAAAGAUCAUCCUCUCUAAUGGCAUGUGGGAAAGAUGGAGAAACUUUUAUGAUCCAGACAGGGACCUUGAGUUGCGGAAGAAGAAGAAGCCGGUUUUGGUUUCACUUUCACUUCAACCAUGAUUAUGAUUAUCAAUCUAUCAUCAAUCAAUCCGGGUAUUUUUUUUUUCUUCGAUCUUGUUCCUUUUUUUUUCUCGAGAAAAUGUGGAUCCCCACCAUGAAAGGAGAAAAAAAGUGGGGGAGAGGUUCUUGCAUCAAAAUCAUGGCUGUCUUUUGUGUUUUCUUGGAUGGUUUUACUUGCUUCUCUAUUAAAAAAAAGAUGAAAAUCAACAGAUGAUGCUGACAUAAACAGAUCAGACAGCUUUGGUAUCUUCAGCUUCAAGCUCCAAACCCUAAACCCUAAAUCAUCGUUUGGAUUUUAUAUCGUUGGUCGAAUUUCUUUGUUCAAGUUGUGGUAGAGAAAGGUUUCAUUGGGACAAUUGGAGAAGAUCCUUGUUGAAGUCUUGUAAAGUUCUUAACUUUGUGUUUUGAGAAGUUAUAUCUUCUUGUUUUUGUUUUUGUUUUUUUUUUUUUGCACCCAUGAUUUGGUACUCUAGUGAAUGGUAAAAAAAGGUUAAAUCUUUCA